AUGGAUUUGUAGUAUAUUGAUUUAUUUUCAUCUCCUUUUUCUUUUACAGUAGGCAAAUCUAGCAGAUUAACAAAAAAAGGGACUAUACAAGGAGCUAUUUUAUCAGCUUUUGUUUUGAUCUUCGCAAUAGGUUAUUUCUCAUACUUAUUCCACUAGUUUGUAAAUAAUUAAAUUGAACCAAAUUACAAAUCUCAAAGCUUCAUAACAGAAGAGAGGAUUGAUAUAGAUUUAAGUUCUGAUUUGCUUGGAUUCAGAUUCGAAUAUGAAACGAAUAAAGAUAUAUAAAUUUUAUAAGCAUCAUAGAAUUAAACAUAUUUAGUUUUUUAUGCCUACUUUUACUAUAUAAAUGGUACCUCUUUAACUUAAACAUAACUCAACAUCAUAUAAUGCACUAAUCCUUAAUUAGCUGGAUUUUAUUGUUUAGACUUUUCACCUGUUUAAAAUUACACUCUAACUUUAAGUACAAAAGAAAAUUUAUAAUCUUAAAUAUUCAUUUAUACUUAUGGUUGUCUUGACAUAGACUUUAAUAAAAAUUCUACUCCAAAUAACUGCGCAAAUUAAACAGAAAUCAAUAAAAUUGUUAAUGGUUUAGAUUCUGGUUUCAGAUUUAAACUAUUUACUUCUUAGUUUAAUACACAAACAAAGUAGAUUUAAGUUAAUUAUAGAAAUUAUUAUGUUUUUGCUUUAGGAAAUUACAUUUCUUCUACAACUUUAAAAGUAUAAAAGCAAAUUACUUCUGUAAAGUAAGGAUUAUUUAUUUAAGAAUAAUCUAACUACUCAUCACCUAUUUCUUAUGAGAAAGAAAAUCAACUUUGGGAUAGGGAGUACGCAAUAAACAAUAUUAAUUAGAGUGGCUAUGGUAUGUUUGAAUUAAUUAUGAAUGAGAUUGUAGAAUAAGUUGAAAUUCAAUACCCUACGAUUCCUUCAAUAUUGGCAUUAGUAAAUAGCACAAUAUCUCUUUUAAUGAUACUAGGAUAUAUCGGAAGAAGGUUUUCAGAAGGCAAAAUAAAAAAUGAUUUAUUUUUAAUGCUGUUAUAAAAUGUCUAUUAAGAAAAAUAUUUAUAAAUUUUAAAGUGCAACUAAUUAUUAGAAUAAAAUAUUGACUCUCAAUAAGAAUUAGCAUAAUAAUAGCAAUAAAAAUAAUCUUAGUAAUAAUAAAAUUAAGUAAAUUUAAUCUAAUCUAAAUUUAAAAAUGAUUAAUCAGGAGUGUUUUAAGAGUAACUUGAUGAAAGCUAAAGCUAAAAUAAAUAAAUUACACUUCGAAACAUUGAAUUUAGGAAUAAAUAAUUUCUUGAUUAAUAAAAUAAAUAAUAAGUAUAUAAACAAGAAAACAAGUAGCAGCAUAAAACACAAUAGCUAUCAUUAAGUAAAUAAAUAGAAGAAAUAAGCUAAGAAUUAAUUUUUUAAUAAAAUGUAGGUCUUGAUUAAAAAAGUUCGAAAAAUAUUGAAUUUAGUGUUUAAAGCCCAAAUCAUUAAAUGAAAAAUGCUUUUUUUAAAUAGCAAAUAAUUUAGGAUUAAUCUAAUUAUAAAUUAAUUAAGUCUUUGGCUGAAGAAAAAUAGACAAAAAAUAUAAUUAAAAAAGAAUUUUCCAAAAAAUUAAAAAUAUCAAAUACAAAUAUAAUGUUAAAUCAAAAUGGCAAUCAACAUUCAAAUAAUUUUUAAUAGUUAAAAAAAUCAUUAAAUUAUGAAUUUUCAGAAAAAUUAUAAUCUAUUCUAUUUAAAUUUAAAUUUUUUGGUAAGAAAGAGUAUUUAUUAUCUAAAGGCUUAGAUUAUUAACAAAAAAAAAUAAUAGAAAAGCAGAUAUCAAAAGAUUUAAAUAUCUUCGAAUUCUACAAAGAUAUUUUAUUUUUGAAGAAGGCUGUAAUGAUUUUAUUAAGUAGUGAGCAAUUAGCAGUCAUGAAGAUUAUAGGUUGCUCUUCAAAUUUCUUAGAGCAACCUAAAACGUUAAUCAACAAGGAUAAUUAAUUAAAUAAUACAGGAUAAUUAAAUUACUUCUAAGAAUAAUAUAAAUAAUUUGAGUCUGAAAAUCUGUAAUUUGAAAAAAUUGAACAAUUUAUUAAGAGAUGUUAAUAAAAUAGUUCUUUAUCUGAAAUAGAUCAAAGAUUAUUAUCAUCUAUUUGUAUCUGA